AUGAAUAUGGCAAUCUGUCACCCUCACUGGGCCCUUUUUCUGGGGGCUAUCAUGCAUGGAGCCAAGUGCUUGGAGGGGGCCGACGAAACGUGUUUCGACAGAUCCGCCAGGAGUACAUCUUACCUCCCGGCCCAGAUUGGUGGCAUAGUCGGAUCGUAUGCCUUUUCGCUCGUUGUAGUCGCUGCUCUUAUACUUCUCCUAGCGAAGAAGCGCCGUGAGCAUCUUACAGCAGGAGAGGAGGACCUAGAGGGCCAAUUCCCAUACCAAUUCGCUUUCUUACCACCGGGACAAGCUGGCGGUCAGCCUCAGUACGAUCUCGAUCCACCCAAGUCGCCUGUUAAGAACUUUUCUUACCCAACGCCACCAACACCUUUAAGUGGAAGGAGCCCGAUAAGCCCAUCGAGCCCUUACAUUGUCCCUUCGCUUUAUUCUACUAGCACACUCGGCGUGAACCCUUUGGUUGAUCCCCGAGUCGUCGCAGCAGAUCGCGAGAUGGCGCAACAGCAGCUAGAAGAAAUGUACAAGCUCGUACUAGAGCAGGAAGCCGCGAAGGAAGCAGGCGUUACCUUGGACCAGCCACCCGCACCUCUCUCCCAGCAGCAAACUCCAAAGCAGGGGAUAUUGAAGAGAGGCAAAAACAAGCCCGCGAGCCUUGAUCUUGCUUCUGAUGCAGAAAAGCCACAGUCCCGAGCGUCUUCCAUCUUAUCCGCUUUCAAAUCGCCUCGAAAGAAGAAUGUUAAAGGCAUUAGUAUAUCGUCUCCGAUUAUGACGCCUGUAUCGGGCACCUUUCCACGCCAGGAGGAGGAAUUAAGAGCAAUUCCCCCUCGUUAUUAUACACCAGCAUCUCCGCCCCCAGUUCCGACAGACCAGGCCCCAUAUAUACGGGCAAGCAGGCAGCACGGACCAGUAGCCCCCAUCACUCCCCCGGAUAUUUCCCCGGAGAGUACGCAAAGCAUUGACGAACGGCUUGGUCAUCUGCGAAGCAAUUCACAGUACACCGAACCCGAUCCGGUGUCAGCAGUUUCAGAACGGUCUACCGCGCCUCUCGUCGGCCUACCUUCGUCGCCGAAACCCGGUGUCAACCGUUUCCCUUCUCUUCCUGCAUCUCCGAAACCCGGGGCGACAUUCCCGACUUCACCCGGACCGGAGCAACGGUCCUUCUCGCGACCGAAUGCACCUUCAGCCAUCCGAACUGGCGGCGCUCUUCCGCUGCGGGCUUACGAGCCUUCGCUCAGCUCACCGUCUGCACAAACCACCAAGCAGACGACGUUCGAAAGGACGCUCCCUCUGUCACCUUCGGGACUUCGGACACCAUGGACCGGCGCGCCAGUACCCUACUCACCGUAUCAGCCAUUCUCGCCUGUAGUUCCUAUCACGCCGUCAUUGGUUACUAAGGCAGAUCGGAAGAGGAUGAAGCAACUUCAGCCCAAGACACCAACCAUGGAAAUGGUUAAGGGUGACGACGAAGUGUGGUAG